AUGGCCUACCAGUUGAAUCACAAGCGCGUCCCGGCCGUGGAUUUCGGUACAGAAAAAGGGUUGCCAAAUACCUGUCUUGACUUGAGUGAUCCUCUGGAUUCUGGUGAAAUGGAAUGGACCGUCCCUUAUGGACCUGAUCUUAUUUAUGAUUCAGGGAUCUCCUUGGGGAGAUCUUCCACCCAGGGUCUUCAUUCUCCGUCGGCCCGACGACCCGGACACGCCCCAAACGCUCCUGGCGCGGUGACUCCGAGGAAAUGGACAGCCUCUCGGAGGCAGCAAUUUAGAAUAAAUGCUUUUGCUGAGACAUAUUGUUGCAGUUUUGCCACAUUCAAAAAUAGCCAUCAUGUACCUCAUUCUGUCUCUCUGUCUCUCCCCACACAUCCAGCUGUAUCACUGGAGAACUAUAGUUCUGAUGUAAUUUCUAUAAGUUCCGUGGAGGAAUCAAACACUCCCAAACCAAGAAGAGAAAACAUUGCAUAUGAAGUCAACUUCAAGGAGAGGAAUAUUGAAGAAAUCUGCAUAUGCUGUGGAAGCCUUGAGAUUCGCACUCAGCACCCUUUGUUUCAAGGAGGAAUGUGUGCUCCAUGCACAGAACAUCUUUUGGAGAGAUUUUUCCUGUGUGACAAUGAUGGGUACAAGACUGAUUGUGCCAUAUGCUGCUGGAGCAAAUCUCUCAUAAUGUGUGAUGAUCCAACCUGUAACAGGUGUUUUUGUGAAGAAUGCAUGGACAGCCUCGUGUGUUCAGGAUUCUCAGACGAGAUAAAAAAGAAGUCUCCCUGGAUAUGUUUCCUGUGUGCACCACAGCGAGCAUAUGGUCUACUCAAGAGGAAGAGAAGAUGGCGUGCAGAACUGAAGCGCUUCUACGAUCAAGAGUCUAACCAUCUGUGGAUAUAUCAGCCUUUGGAGACAUGGGAUAAAAAACCAAUCCGUGUGCUCUCCCUUUUUGACAAUAUUACACAAGAGCUGAAAAGUUUGGGGUUUCUGGGGGAAAGCAAGGGCAAUGGGACACUGAAGUAUUUGGAUGAUGUCACCGACGUGACACGAAUACAUAUAGAAGAAUGGGGUCCAUUUGAUUUUAUAUUUGGGUCUACGCCACCCAUUGGAAACGCUUAUCAACAGCCGUCUGCCUGGUAUUUUUACCAAUAUUUUCGUAUUCUUCAGUACGAGACACCCCCAGAAAGGAUGUUUUUCUGGAUGUUUGUGGAUAACCUUGUGCUGGAGGAAGAAGACCGAGAUACAGCUUCUCGAUUCUUUCAGAUGGAAGCUGUGCUCAGAUAUAAGCAGCAUGAUGACACCAUCCAGAAUGCAGUACACAUAUGGAGUAAUAUCCCAUCUGUUAACAGCAAAUAUUCUGCAUCUGCCUUGUACGUGGAUUUGUCUCUGUUGGCAAAGAACAUCCUUGAAACCAGAAUCUUUUCUCAGCGUCCAGCCACUCUGAUUAAGGACUUUUUUGUGCCCUUGAAGGAAUAUUUUAGGACAUUUCCAUAAGACAUUCUUUCUACUGUAGGUCAGCCUAUAAGCAGGGUUGCCAUAAUCAGCUGUCCCUUUAAUACUGCUUUGAUAUUAACAAGAAAGAUUUUUAUCUCAAUGCAGAGAAAUUUCAUCUACUGAUUUAUUCAUACCAAGCUGUUUUCGAUGCAGAGGAGCCAGCCAAGCUGUUUUUCUUCUAAUCAGUUGGCCAUCAUCCUGAAAAAAUAUUUUUGGAUUAUUGAUACAAUUCCUAUUCCAACUGCCUUCUGCAGGAUUCUUUAUUUUAUUUUACCUGGGUUUGCAUCAUACAUGUACACAAGCUCUAAUUGUUAUGCUAUUUAUUCAUAAUUUAAAAACUUUAUAAACUGCCUUUCUGCCCUAACAAGGGCUCGCAAGGCAGGAUACAAAUACAAAAACCAAAACCAAAUGUAAUACAAUAAUAUAGUGUACAUAUUUAUGCUGUACAUAUUUAAAUAAUAUUUAAAUGCUAGAAAUUCAUGAAUGGUGAGGAAUUAUCACAAUUAAUGGCUGCAAAAUGUUCCAUCAGGAGAAUGAAAAAAUAAAAUUUGCAGUGUUAAGAGAAUCUUAAAAAUUACUUGCUUUUGAGUAUAUUGUACUUGCUUAUGCUUUCCGAAGGGUACUUUUAAAACAAAUAAAUGUUAUUUUGUCAUAAGAGAAAUGCAAUGUUAAAUUUGAUUUGUUCGCCCCCAUUUAAGGAAACAAUUUAUAAAGUUCUUUAUCUGAAAUUCA